AAUCAGAGUUGCUGCUUUUAAUUGAAAUACUCAUGGCUGUUUCGGCUGUUUGGAAAUACGAUGAUAGGAGAGAAGAUUCAGAGAAAUCCCCGAUUGUUCAGUUUUCAAAUGGCAAUCUUAGAAACUCUCAACUGGUGGAUUUUGCAUUAUAUAAAAAUGUGGAUACCAACAAUCCAAGGAAAAAACACCAGCGGAUUUUGGUUGCGAACACCAAACGGCUUUGCUAUUCUGGCAGUAAUUUUGGACCAAGAGCCUCAAAAUGUAAUACACUUUGCAAGUAUUUAGUUGGAGUUCUCAAUAAAGAAACAGGAAAAAUGGAAAUUCAUGACGCAGAGACAUUUAUCAUGCAUCCCGUAUUUAAAGGUGAAAAAGAUUCUCAGGAUUCUUCAGAAAGUCCAGCCAAAACAUACAAAGAGAAGGUUGACUCUCUCAUUGAAGCCUUUGGAACAAACAAACAGAAACGAUCUUUAAAUGCCCGUCGGCUGAACCAGGUUGGUGCAGAAACACUGCAUCAUGCUGUGACAGAGGCCGCUGGAGACCUUAUUGAGAAAAAAGGCAUUGAAGCUUUGGAGGAUGAAAUUGCAAAGGCAGACAACCAAGAAGCCUCAAGUUAUAUUCCACCUUGCUACGAAAAUGCAGAAAAGCUGAAAGAUGUAUACAGCCUGGAUGAAAUUAUCUCUCCUGCUGAAUAUGAAGUAUUAGAAAUCCCCUCUCAGAUUUUCAGGGACAUCAAGUCAGAAGAUAUAUUGAAAAUGAUUGAGGAGGACAGGUCACCUUUAUCUGUGAUAGAAGGCUUGAAGAACCUGCCUACUGAUACUGAAGUUCGUGAUGAAAAAGCUCGCAUUUUGUGGUAUCUAAAUCAGCUCAUUAGGAUGGCAGGACAGACUAUAAUAAAACAUACCUUUUUUGUGAGCUGCCCUCAUUUAAUUAAGAGCACGUUAAGGAAAAAUUUCACACAAUUAUCCUAUAACACUGGGAGGAUCCAGAAUGUGGUGUCAUUAUCUAUGAAGUCCAAAAUUGCUGCGUACGCUUUAGCAUUAAUUCUGCACAUCAAUGAUUAUCAGGCAGAUUUGACAAUUUUACAGCGAGACGUGAAAAUUGGUGAAAAUCAAAUGAUCGAAAUUGCUAAAGCCAUGAGGCUGGCUAUUGUAAAAAAAAGUGUGGCCCUGUCUGGAGGAAUUUUGGAAGACCACCGAUACGGGAUCUUGCAACUGCCUCUUGUGAAAUACGAGAAGAGUGGAGGCAAAAGAAAACGCAAGAGUAUGGCUUGAGUUACAGCAGAUGCUUCUUGUAAUGAAUGAAUGUGCCCUAUGGUUUAACACAAUAUGCAAUAAAUGUAAAUUUAGAGACACCACUUUUAAAAUAAAACGUUAAGCAGAACUGCAAUAUAUAACUAAAUACAUGUAAAUAAAAGUACACAUUAUGCAAGUUACUUUCCAAAUAUGUUUUUCAUGUUCCAUUUCAGUGUAGUAUAAAUGACUUUUGAAGCAAAUACCAACACUUACUGUAAAGUUUUAAUUCUAGUUAUUACUAAAGCAAGGUCUCAGAAAACAGAUAUUUUUGCUACUUUGUCAAAUUGCCUUUGGAGAAUCUAAAUUAAAACUGUUGUUUGGUUUUUUUUUUCC